AUGGAGUGUCAUGAUUCUCUUUACGGAGGUCAUUUUGGAGGGCAAAGAAUCGCUGCAAAGGUUUUCCAAAGUGGAUAUUUCUGGCCUAUCCUCUUCAAGGACGUAAGGGAGUAUGCUCUCAAGUGCGACCCUUGUCAACGCACAGGUAAUAUAUCAUCAAGGGAUGCAAUGCCUUUGAACAUUAUACUUGAAGUCGAAUUAUUUGAUGUAUGGGGCAUCAAUUUUAUGGGACCUUUCCCUCUGUCCUGUGGUCAACAAUACAUCUUGUUGGCAGUAGAUUAUGUAUCAAAAUGGGUGGAAGUUGUGGCUUGUGCCAAGAAUGAUGCGGCGACUAUUUCAAAGUUUCUCACCAAGAAUAUUUUCACACGCCAAGAACACCGAUGGCACUGGUGA